AUGGAUAAUUGCAAGGCAAUGUCUACUCCGAUGGGAUCCGGAACUUAUGUUGAUCAAGAUAAAUCAGGUAUUUCGAUUGAUAUAACAAAGUAUCGAGCAAAUCCAAAGGAGUCACAUCUCACCGCUGUUAAGAGAAUCAUGAAAUAUCUCAAGGGAACAACAAAUGUCGGCCUAUGGUAUCCUAAAGGUAGUAUUUGCAAUUUAGUUGGUUAUUCUGACGCUGACUAUGCAGGAUGUAAAACUGAUCGAAAAAGUACUAGUGGUACAUGUCACAUCCUUGAAAAUGCAUUAGUUUAG